GUUUCAUCUUAAUGGGAUGCACAAGACUGGAGAUGUUGUUCUAGGUGGGGUGUUUGAAAUCCACUUCUUUUCUACUCAUCCUGACCUGUCUUUUAUCUCAGAGCCACAACAGCCUACCUGUCAUGGUUUUGAUGUUAUAGGAUUUAGGCUGACCCAGACCAUGGCCUUUGCUAUUGAUGAGAUCAACAGAAACUCCAACCUGCUACCUAAUGUGACUCUGGGAUACAGUCUGUAUGAUAACUGCAACACACUAGGAGUUGGAUUCCGUGCAGGACUGUCAUUAGCCAGCGGUCUAGAGGAGCAAGUUAUAUUACACAAGACCUGUGUAGGAACCCCUCCAGUCCUGGGGAUUGUGGGUGACGAUUCUUCCACACGUUCUGUUGCCAUCUCCACUGUCUUAGGUGAGUUAUUUUUCCACAUGUUCCUGCCUGAGUGACCGGAAAAAGUUUCCAUCCUUCUUUAGAACGAUUCCAAGUG